AUGGACUACUCCAAUCUGCGCAAAACCCUCAAGACUCCAGGAUGGAGCGAGUCUCAAGAAAGAACUAUACUUGAACCAUAUACCUAUAUAUCGAAAAAUCCAGGGAAAGAAUUUCGAUCAAAGUUGAUAGAAGCUUUCAACUUAUGGUUGCAAGUACCUGAAGCAGACUUGAAAGUAGUUACGAGGGUAGUAAGGAUGUUACACAAUGCUAGUUUACUGAUGGACGACGUAGAAGAUAAUUCAGAACUUCGACGUGGAUUACCUGUAGCUCACACCAUAUACGGUAUACCGCAAACCAUAAACACAGCAAAUUACGUUUACUUCCUGGCCAUGCAGGAGCUCCUGCAGCUCAGGACGAAUGGAUGUACAGAUGAAGCAAAAGGGAAAGGUAAAGGCAAAGAUGUUGAUGUGGUUGGCCUCGUAACUGAGGAACUUCUGGAGCUUCAUAGAGGACAAGGCCUUGAUCUAUUCUGGAGGGACACUCUUACUUGUCCUACAGAGAAAGAAUAUGUGGACAUGGUCUUAGGCAAAGCCGGAGGAUUACUGAGACUGGCGGUCAAGCUGAUGAUGGCAAAAUCCGCUUCGGAAGCCGAUUACGUCCCACUCGUAAACCUGAUAUCUGUAUGGUUCCAGAUCCGAGAUGAUUAUAUGAAUCUCCAAUCUAGCGAGUAUGAAGCAAAUAAAGGAUUCGCAGAAGAUCUGACCGAGGGAAAAUUCAGUUUCCCUGUUGUACAUGGAGUGAGAGCGGAUGAUCGCAAUAGACAAAUACUGAAUAUUUUACAGAAGAAAACAAAUUCAACAUCGCUGAAGAAACAUGUUGUAGAUUAUCUUCGAGACGAAACGAAAACCUUUGUGUAUACGAAAAAGAUAUUGAUUGAAUUGCAAAGACAAAUUGAGGAUGAGAUCGAAGAUUUAGGUGGGAAUGAACCUCUGGAGAAAGCUCUUAAGUCUUUAGCGGUGAAAGAGGAAGAAGAUGAUGUUCCAGGGAAUACUUGA